AUGGACGCCACCAUGUUUACACUGUGAAAUAUUUACCGGUAGCACAAGAUGAUUAUAUACAUUGGUUUAUGAAAUGGAAACUCUAAAGAAACUGAAAGAAAAGUCACAGAAAAGACGGGAAUUAUUAGCUAAACAACUUGGAGCUGGAAGUACCGAAAACUUGAGCACAGUCCUUGGUAAUCAAGAUGACCGAAAUACAAGCCCAACAAAGAAACGGAAGAGUGAGCCUGAAGUUUUGAUAUGUUCAAAACAUGUAAAGGAAGAAGAUGAUGAAGAAACAAAACAGAUACCUGCUUCCUUGAAUGUUCCUGUGGAAAAUGAUGAUGUGUCUGAAGUUAGAACUUAUACAGAUUCUAGUACUUUCUUGAAGGGAACACAGAGUGCCAACCCUCACAAUGACUAUUGUCAGCAUUUUGUGGAUACUGGCCAGAGACCUCAGAAUUUCAUCAGAGAUGUUGGUCUAGCUGAUAGGUUUGAAGAAUAUCCCAAAUUAAAAGAGCUUAUUAGGUUAAAAGAUGAAUUAAUAGCUAAAACAGCUACACCUCCAAUGUAUUUAAAAUGUGAUCUUGAGACCUUUGAUUUUCGAGAGCUUAACUGCAAGUUUGAUGUCAUACUUGUUGAAGCUCCACUAGAGGAGUACCAACGGACAUAUGGCAUGACAAAUAUGAAAUUUUGGACAUGGGAAGAAAUAAUGAAAUUAGAAAUUGAAGAAGUAGCUGCUCCUCGCUCAUUUAUUUUUCUUUGGUGUGGUUCUUCUGAUGGAUUAGAUUUAGGAAGACAGUGUUUAAGGAAAUGGGGUUUCAGAAGAUGUGAAGACAUAUGUUGGAUUAAAACAAAUAUCAAGAAUCCAGGUCAUUCGAAAAAUCUGGAACCACGAGCAAUAUUUCAAAGAACUAAGGAACACUGCUUAAUGGGCAUCAAGGGUACAGUACGGCGAAGUACUGAUGGAGACUUCAUUCAUGCCAAUAUAGAUAUUGAUCUCAUCAUCUCUGAGGAACCAGAGUAUGGUAGCAUCGCUAAACCGGAAGAAAUAUUUCAUAUUAUUGAGCAUUUCUGUUUGGGAAGGCGUCGACUGCAUAUUUUUGGACGCGAUGUUACCGUUCGUCCUGGAUGGUUAACCAUUGGACCGGCUCUCACGAACAGCAAUUUUAAUGGUGAAACAUACAAUUCAUACUUCAACAAAGGUCCCAAUGAUUAUCUGACAGGAUGUACUGAUAGAAUUGAAGCUUUACGACCCAAAUCUCCUCCCCCCAAAUCGAAAGGUGGGGGAGGUCCGAGUGCUUCAAAUAGAGGAGCCAAUUCUCGCGGAGGAAGUAAUCGAUCGAAAAAUUUUGGUGGCCGUGGUAGAGGCUCUCAUCGUGGCCGACAGUAAAUGCCCUUUAUUAACUUAUUUUAUACAAUUUAAAAAUUUCACAUAUAUUCUCUCCAUUUUAUAUGAAAGUUUUUUAAAUACUCAUAAUAAAACACAAAGAUGAAUGUGUUUCCCAUUUUUAGUUGAAAUUUAAAGAUGAUGUAGGAUUCUGGGUAAACUUUAAAACUUGGCAGUAUCCUUCUGAAAUUGGUGGUUUGCCAACCAAAAUCAAGUCAAUGACAUAAGAUCCUUUAUUUACAAUUUAAAAUAUAUUGUAUUUAUAUUUUAUAUUACUGCUUUAGCAGUAUUUUCAGUAGAUAUGCUUUUAUAAAUUUUGCUUGCCUGAAAUGUUUAUUUUACAUCUUUGAGUAAAAUAAAUAAAAAAUGCAACUCAUGCAUGGAAGGAGUUUUUUUCCCAUAUGUGAGGGGGGGGGAGAAUACUUGGAAAUUUUUUGGGAAUAUAACCCCCCCUAAAAAAAAAAAUAUUAAAUUAAGUUACACAUUAUCUCAUACUUUUGAGUUGAACAGGAACAUAAAGUCGGAAUUGAUUUUAUUAUUUUUAAUUUGUAUAUGAUAUUUGUGUGUUUUGUAUGAAUAAAUUUUGUAUGCACAUAAACAGA